CAUUUAAUAAUUCUGCAUAAUAACACUGCAGAUUAAAUGCAAGUACAGUUAUACAGUUCCUUCCUCACCUGUCUAUUCAGUGUAGGAAGCAUUUCUGAAAUAUUCCCACACCACCCUGACAGACAGUGGGCGGAGCUUUGGGCACAGGUGCGUGGCUACCGGCGCAAAGGGGGCGUGGCUUGGCGAAUUGAUAAAGUGCCUUUUGAUUAGAGCGCUGGCGUUGCGCUGGUUUGCUGCUUCACUGCUGCGAUGCCUGUCACUUAACGCGCCUUAUUUUCGGCUCUCAGGUUACAUUGGAUUGCUCCAGCUCUGCUAUCCUGGAUCCUGCGAAUCAUCCACUCAUUUGGAGCUGAAGUGGGCCUACUUUGGGUAUCCAUCCCAUAAUUUCCAAUGGAUGGCGUUGCCAUGUCCAUCGGACCUUCUCUUCUUUCUCCACCACCACCUCCUCCUCCUCUUCCUCCUCCUCCUCCGCCUCCUCCCCCCAUUAUAGGAAACGAACCGUUCUCACGCAGUGUUCACCGGCGCUCCAAGAUGCGCAACUUCAACUGGGACACCAUUCCAAGGCAUAGCGUGGUCGGGAAGCGCAACGUCUGGACGUCAAACAAGAAGCUGGAGGACAUUCCGCUGGACACCAAACGCAUCGAGGAACUGUUUAGCCACAGUGAAUGUCAGCAGAUGCCACCCAGGCAUGGCACCGUCAAGAAGAGUGUGUGGGGCCUGCAGUCCACCAGUCCUGUGUCAGAGAUUGUCUCAAUCCUUAACUCAAAGAAAAGUAUGAAUAUUGGGAUUCUCCUGAAGCAGUUUAAAAGGCCAAUUCAGGACAUCGUUGAGGAUAUCAGGGAGGGAAACAUGCGAUUUGCUGCUGGCAGACUGAGAGAGCUGAGCAAGCUGCUGCCUGAUGAUGUGGAGGUGAAGAAGCUGUUGUCAUUCCAUGGUGACGCGUCUCAGCUUGCAGAGGCAGACCGUUUCUUCCUGAUGCUGGUUAAUGUUCCUGGAUAUGAAGAAAGACUGAAAAGCCUACUCCUCAGAGAGGAGUUCAUGCCCUUUAUAGAGGAGAUGAAAAAAUCCAUUUCCAUCAUGACUGCAGCAGCUAAUGAGCUGCUGGCGUGUGAUGAUCUACAUUCUAUAAUCAGACUGGUGCUUAAAGCUGGAAACUACAUGAAUGCUGAUGGCUACGCUGGUCGUGCGAUAGGUUUCAGAAUGACUUCUCUCCUGAGGCUUGUGGACACCAAAGCUAACAAACCUGGCAUGAACCUUAUGCACUAUGUGGCUAUGCAAGCUCAGCAGAUUGACGGCGACUUAUUAAGGUUUACAGAACAGCUUCAACACAUUGGAGAAGCAUCAAGAAUUCAAAAACAGGAAGUAGAAACAGACUUUAAGAGAGAAAUGGCAAAAACUAAAGAAGCAAAGGCCUAUGUCAGCAAACAACCUGAUCUGCAACAUCAAAUGGAGGACUUUCUUCAAAUGGCCACAAGUCAGCUCGCAGAUGUGGAGGCCUCUCUAAGGGAGCUGGAUUCAAUCAGUCACUCAGUGGCCGAGUAUUUCUGUGAAGACCCUGCUACCUUUAAACUGGAGGAAUGCUGCAAAAUCUUCCACUCUUUCUGUGAGAAGUUUGAGAAAGCUGUACUGGAAAAUACAGAACGAGAGGCAGUGGAGAGGCGCCGAAGGCAGCAGAGGGAGAGAGAGACACUGAGCCGGGUAGCCAAGCGCCGUACAAUCGCCGCCUGCUCUAAGCAAAGCUCAGAACACGAGGCCCUGGAGUCCGUCCUCAGCAGCUUCCUCAGCACUCGUCCUUCCCGCAGAAGGCAACCCUCAUCCAACAGAGAAAGUCCAACAGAGAUGCUGGACAAAAACAACCCACUGGCCGAGAGGUCUCCCAUAGCUCUGGAUAGUUCUGUUAAUAUGGACAAAAAGGAUGCAAGUGUUUCAGUUCAAGAGCAGGACCAGAGCUUCCAGAUAACCCUUGAGAUUCCUGCCAUGACGGAACAAAACGAGAUUUCACACCCUGAGGAGCGGGACAAGAGCUCUCUGAUAGCCCAGGAUAGCCCUGAAAAGGUAGAGCCUGUUGUUUUUCAGGAUGAGAGACAGGAAGAGAAAUGCUUAGACACAGAAAAAACCUGCUGUGGUGUGAAUGUACAGUGUACACCAGCUGGCUCAAAAAGAGCACCAUGCAUAGAAGACAAAGCAACUCCGAAGAGCAGCAAAACAAACCGUCGCAGGAGCAUACUUGUAAGACAGAACGGUGGAGAGAACGAUGAGCAGGAGAAGAAGAAGGAAGAGGCAGAUGAACCACAGGAGGAUUCCCUGAAGGAGCCGCGUCGGAUUAGGUGCCCUGUUUCAGAUGCAGAAAAGUGUCUAAAUGUUACAGAUGUCUCCUCUCCUCAUCACAGAGGAAUACAAGAGGUGGACUUGGCCUUUCAGAAUGGCUUUGGAUCACCUUGGACUGUUCUCAGUCCUCACGUCUCACCCUCAUGCAUGCGGCACCGGAGGCAUUCCUUUGGUUCCGUUAAAGAUGAAGAAUCAGAGGAUGGAGUGUGGGCACUGCCUGAUACACCCUUAAAGGUCCCUCUACUGGCACACACGUGCAGGUCAUAUGAGCACAGCAUAUCUACCUCUGUGAUUAGCCAUGUGGGUAUUCGAGAUUCUCCAUUAAAAGGCACAUCAACGCAAGGAACUCUGUUAAGAUCUGCAUCAGUGGGUGAAAACCCUGAAUCCAUACCCAGCUUUCGUUUCAGUGCUUUCUUCCCAAGACGCCAUGGACGAGAAACCAAAAGACAAGAGCCGUCUUCACUGAUGUCCUUCUUCCAGCGAUUUGGGGAGAGAGGAAGGCCUGCUUCUAUAGGAGACUCAUGCAGAGUGGAUACUUGAAUUUUUGCUCCAUUUUGGUUUUUGCGUGUGUUUUUAUUUAUUUAUUUUUUUCCCCACUUUUUAAAAAGAUUUAGCAUUGUGUGCUCUCACGCACUGCACAAUGAACACUGUAACCCAAGACAAAUAUGGACUUGUUUUGGAGUGUGGUCAUUGUGGCCUUAAAUGAAUCCUCUCCACAAAAGUGUUUAUUUAUUUGUAUUCCAUUUUUUUCUUAAUCUUCUUAAUGAUAUUUUUAGCUCUGUGGAUUUAAUGCACUUUAAAAUUCCUGAUGAGAGUCCAUCCUCAACACUCCCAAACACUUGUUUGUUUGCUCCAUUUUCAUGUUUAUUGUGUAUACUUUUAUAUAAUAAAGUGUGGCAUUCCACCUUAA